AACGAGCCUGUACACUCUCUUCAAUGGGCUGUACUGCAGUCUAAAGUGUUUUUGGAUCAUUCCGCGGACAAAACAUUGAUAAAAUAUCUGUCCAAGAACAUUCAGUAUACAAAGAACUCCAGACAACAUGAGUUGUGGAAAAUCAGAAGUGAUCUAGGAGCUUUAUACCGUUCAUGCCAUUGAAGACACUGUAAGUCUAUCCCUCACAGCCUUGUUGUCAUUCUCAUUAAAAAAAUCAAAGAUGGCGCUAGCGUGAAUAAGGCAACAGCAUUUUGGAGGCGAUAUUUUACUUUAGUUUUCUCAGGCGGAAAUCCGUAACAACGAAGUGUAAAAACAGAUUAAUUUCGACACAGUAGGCUUACAAUUUAAAUGGCUUUAUAGUCUGUUAUCGAAUUCGUUUUGGCAGGUCUGAUAUCCACAUUGUAGAAGCUGCUUUGAAUCUUUUUUCGGCACAUUCAGUGGAAAGCCUCAGAGCUUCACGAAGAAUCUUUAUUUCCCCAUCCCUAAUCCACAACGAUGAGCGAGUCCAACCGAGAUGAAAAGGAGCAGGAGCCUGUCAAAGAUCAGAGCACCACGAUUCUUCAGUAUAAGACUUCAGUCAUUGACAAAUGUGAGUUUGUGACAGAGCUUCCAUCUGAUGAACAUGUGCGAUUCACCACCCGUUAUAUUGAGCCAGUGAUUUUUCAGACGAGUCUGACAAAAAAAAACAGUUGUGAACAUGUGAUGUUUGAGAACUUCUCUGGAACAAAAACAUCAACUCAACUUUUAUCAGAUGAUAAUCACACAAUCAGAAUAGAUGAGUUGUUCAGUCCUGACACUGAUGGGAAAAUACCAAAAACUGUGAUUCUCAGUGGUGACUCUGGAAGUGGUAAAUCCUUCGCAUCACAGAAGAUCAUGUUGGACUGGGCAUCUGGAAAAUUUUACUCUGAACACUUUGAUGUAGUUUUCCUUCUGAAAUGUGAAGAGCUGAUGUGUAUUUCUGAGGAGGUGAGCUUGAUUGAGCUCUUGAGCUGGAGUUGCAGUUUAACAUCAGAUCAGAUCACACAGACACUACAGGAGUCACCAGAGAAAGUGCUCUUCCUCAUUGAUGGCUUUGAGCAUGUAUCUCAUCCACCCAUUAAAUUAAUGUUACUGCACUCUAAUCCAUCCAAGAGAGCCCCAAUUAUGGACACACUUAAGUGCCUGCUGAGGGGAUUCAUGUUGACUGAGUCAUUUCUACUGGUCACCACCAGAUCUACACCUGCUGAUACAAUGAAGAAUCUCCUUAAGGUACCACAGCGUUCCACUGAGAUCAUGGGCUUCUCUGAAAGGGGGGUGGAGGAAUACUUCCAGAAGUUCUUUCAGGAUGAGCAAGUCUUCAGGAAAGCAUAUGAGAGUGUGACUGUCAACAAACCCCUCCUGGCUGCCUGCUCUGUCCCUUUGGUUUGUUGGAUUGUCUGUCUUUGUCUAAAAAAGCACUUAAAAAACAAUGUGAUGAAAAAUCUACUGACAACUACAUCCAUAUAUUUGCGCUUUGCGUUCACUGUACUGGAACAUCACUGUACUGGAGCAUCACAGAGUCAAUCUGUCUUCACCCUGCUGAAGAGUCUGGGCCAGCUGGCUGAGGAAGGGAUGGAGAAGCAGCAACUCCUGUUUGAUGAGAGGACUGUGUUUGAGACAGGCUUAGAUGCUGCUACUAGUGUGUUCUUGUGUAAAGGUAGUUUGAAAGGAAAAGAUGAACCAGUGUACAAGUUUAUCCAUUUCAGCUUUCAGGAGUUCUUCACUGCUCUUUAUUAUGUCUUACUGGAUGAAGGAGAGUCAUGGAGGAAAGUCUGUGAUUUGUUGACAUGGGAAAGCAGAAUAGCCACAUUUGUCUGGCCAUCUUCAAUUUUGAAAGGCAGAAGAUCAAAUCCCAACCCUCCAAUUUUGUUGUUCCUCUGUGGUCUCUUUCAUAACGAGUUGAGAAGGCCACUCUUUAAAAAGUACAAGUGGACUGUUCCUCAAAUCAUAAAACGGAAGAAGAGAACAAUGAAGAGAAAUCUGAAGAAAAGAAUCCUUGCAAUGGCACAAGAAUGUAAAAUUGAGUGGAUUGUUUUACACUGUCUAUAUGAGCUCCAUGAUGAAAUGUUUGUGAAGAGGGCUCUGGAAGCAAAGAGGAACAUGGAUUUCUCUUCUGUUUCCCUGAGGAGCACAGACUGUUGGGUGCUGCUGUACUGCCUUCAAUGCUGUCCACACAUCAGAGAAGUGAACCUCAUAUACUGUGAUUUAACAGCUGAUAAACUGAGAAUUCUUCAGCCAGCACUCUGUAUGUGUGAGAGUCUGAGGUUGAUGGUGGACCACCUGUCAGAAGUUGGAGAUUUGAUCGAGGCACUUGGUGAAUCAAAAACCUUUAGACAACUGAAAGUUCAGGAGGUUGAUUACAGUGAUGAGAGUCCCAGAUGGUCACUCGAUCUGUCAGUCACGCAGGAAGAAUUCCUGUUGUCUGUGAGCCACUCAGGGAAGAAUCCAUUAUUUCCAUCGCUCUUAAAAAUCAGUCUUGCCUGUCCACACUCAGAGAUGUCCAGCAUUGACUGGACACUCUUCUUACAGAGACUCGAGGAAGAUGAAAAAUUUACAGAAGACUCUUCAGAGUGUGCUGAGCAUGUCAGUUUGCUGCUGUCAUCCUUUUACCCGGUCAGUCUUAAGUUGAGGCUGAAUGUGGUGACUCUGUCUGAGAGCUGGGCUUCUGGGAUCAUUUCCCUCAUUCAAACCUGCACCCGUCUACAGAAACUCCACAUUGAAGAAGAAAAUGGCAGUCAUAAAAGUCUCUUCUCAUCUCUCAGUGUAGUAGUUUGUGAUGGAGACAUCAGGCUGGAUUUGAAGCAGAGACAGAAUUUUGAGUCACUCUCAAAAUUCUCAGUCAAUUUUCCACACUCAGCGUUAAGCAGCAUUGACUGGAAAGUCCUCCUACAGAGAUUCCAUAAAGCGACUAGAUACAAACAAGAUUCCCCAGAGUGUAAUGAGCAUGUGGAUGCUCUGUUUUCAUUCUUGCACACUCUGUGUGGUUCAAAGAGAGUGGAACUGAUGAUCUUUAGUCUGAAUAAGAGCUGGGCUGUCAGGAUUCUCUCUCUCAUCCAGGCCUGGUGUAGUCUACAAGAAAUCUGUGUCUGUGUCAUUGGUUUGCUCCUGGAGGAGGGACUCAUGUUACUGCAAGAAUCACUGACCGAUCCACUUUGCACUGUGGUCAUUAAAGGGAGGAGGUGCAGUAAAGCCACUGACCAGUGCACAGAGGAGCACUGGAUAUGCAGCUGUAAUGAGAAAGUGGAGAUUUACUUCAAACCGAAAGUUUUGGAAGAGCUGGAAAAGUUGAACAUGUCUGAACCCGAACCUUCUGGAAUGAAUCUUCACCCGCUCCCAGACUGUCAGUGUUGUGUUCACAUAGUUGAUUCUGAUCAGUGGAUCCAGGUUGAGCCGUCAGUCUAUAAAGAUGGAGUGUCAAAGUUCAGGAUCAGCACUCUGCCCGGUCGUUACGAGUGCACCAGGACAAGACUGCGAUGGGUUUGUGAUUGUGAUGUCACCCUUCAGUACCAUCCCGUGGACGGAUGUGUCGUCACUGCAGAUCUUGAGAGGCUGCAGUGUGAGAGAAUUGGUCCAGUGAUUGAUCUCACAGUGAUCUCAGGAACACUGGAGGAGGCCCAUCUGCCUCAUUACGCCUGUUUAGCAAAGUCUGACUUCUCUCUCAGAGAUGCUGUGAAGGUCCUCAGCAAAAAAGAUGUGGGAGUAUCUUUACAAUCUGUAGAGCUGACCCGUUUUCAUGCCAAAAUAGUACAACCAUCCUUCUCUCUCACAACUUUAAUAAUAAAUUGGAUAAUGCAAUGGGAAGAACACUGCAAUCUUCUUCUUUAUAUGCGGUGUCAACACCCACUCAUUCUGCACGUCUACUUUUUUCCAUUGGGUGAUACUUGUGCAAAAGAAAAAGUUGAGCUGAAUGAACAAUCAAGCCUUCAGAUCAUACAUCCCAGACCAGGCAGGCCAUUUCGGAUGAAAACACCCCACCUUCUUGAGGUUCCUGGUGCAUCUGUCCAGCCCACAGAGGGUGUUACAUUCAGAAGGGAGAUCAUCCCUAACUUCUUUAAGGUCUAUAAACCUUUGGAUGGUGAUGUACAUAUGAAUCUUAUCAGAGAAGAGGACCAAAAGUCUGUGUGGACUGCAAUCAUUUAUAAAGAUGAACUUGCCCAGAUAAAUCCACGGCAAAUCCAAAAUGAGCCUCAACUGAACUGCGAAACUGAUGAAGCAAUGUUUUUUGAUAAACACUGGUCAGCUCUCAUUGAGAGGGUUAAAAAUGUGAAGAGCAUUGCAGAUAAACUGUUCGAGCAGCGAUUAAUUCAUAAUGAACUAUACUUUGAACUCAUACUUACUAAUAUAACCAGUCAGGAUAGCAUGAGAAAGAUCUGUUGUGCAGUGCAUUCGAGUGGUAAAACUGCAAAAGCUAAAUUAAUCUCGAUUCUUCAGGAAAAAGAGCCCUACCUUUUACAAGAACUGGUGCACUCCAAUUCUUCACCAUGAUCUCAAGGUUAUGGCAUUGCUAUGAAACAGCAGCAGCAGACAAGCCCAAGGAUUAGGAGUGCCACUUAAAAAUAAAUUAAUUACUUAUUCCUAAAUAUAAUUGUAAAUAAUCAAUUUACAAAUGGACCAAUAAGUUAAUUCUUACACAAAAUGUAGUUAAAUACUGUAUAUUAAUAAAAUAACUUAAGUGCAGCUUUUAAAUUGCAUUUUAAAAGAGAACUUACAAAUUGCUUUUCUUUGUCCAUUUGCCAGUUGUGUUAACAAUUAAACAUUUGAACUUGAGGAUUCAACAUACAUUAAAUGGUUACUUUCACUGAUUCAUUCACUAAAUUUUCAACUGAAUUUUAAGAUGUGCCCCCUUUAUGCAAUGAUUUUAUUGUUACCUUUGGAUAUUUUUAUUUUUUUUAAAUAAUGCAAAUUAAAUUAAUUUAAAUAGCCUAUAAGUAGUUUUUAUUUUCCAGUUAAUUAAUUGUUACAUAUGUUCUUCUAGGUAUCCAUACUGUGCAAGCAAUGAUACCUUUCAAAAGGUUAAUUAAAUAUAUUACAAAGAAAUCAAAUAGAUUAUCUUCGAAAAAUGGCAAAAGCUGGUGCUUAGUGUUAGAAUGAAAAAAAAAAUAGGUGUGUGGAAUAAUUUGGUAUUUUACAUAAUUGUUAAAAUAACUUGAACACUACAGGUGAUUUGAAGAUCAGUUUGAUUCACAGUUGAUUCUCAUCAUUUCAGGUUUGACUCUGAAAUCUCAAUUUUCCAUAUGGACAUCGAAAUCCACCCAGUCUGACUUUUUAAUGCCAUAACCAUGCGUUCAGACCAGAGGAGGCGAGAGCAUCAAUAUUCGCUCUGGCUGCCCUGCCAUCAAUGCUAUCAAAGAUUCGUGGACACUCUGACGUAGUUGAAAUGUUCGUUCGGAAUGCUUGGUUUUGUGAACUAUAUUUAAAGGGGCCGCAAAACAUCCAGACAUGUCGACCGGUAUCUUUUUGCUGACCUAUCACAAGUAGCGUAUAUCCUCAUGAAAUCUUUUAAAUGUGAAAGUAAGAAAUUGAUCGAUGGCAGAAAGUAAUUAAAUAUAAAUAUAAAUAAAUAUAAAUGUUUCCUAUAAA